AUGCCUCCUAUUAGAAGUAAAUCAAAGAAUUCCACCACUAAAACAACAACAACAACAACAACACCUUAUUCAAAGAAAACAAUUGAGGAGAAGCCAACUGAGAAGACUCCUGCCAAUAGAAUGUAUUAUGACCAAUACGAAUCACCGAUCGGUACCAUCGAAUUCUAUGCCAACGACAAGAAGAAACUUACACUGAUCAGUUUCUAUCCAAAGUAUGAGAGCACCGAUGAGAUGAAUACCAACGAGACUACCGAUUCUUUCAAGAAUGAGUUGGUCGAGUACUUUGCCGGUGAGAGGGCGGACUUUGAGACACCGAUCGACUAUAAUGAAGCGACCGACUUCCAAAAGGGUGCGUGGAAUGCAUUGCUCGAUGUCAAAUAUGGUGAGACUGUUUCCUACUCUGAGAUUGCCAAUAAAAUGGGUACUGCUCCACGUGCUGUUGCCACUGCGUGUCGUCUCAACAAGUAUCCUCUCAUCGUGCCAUGUCAUCGUAUCGUCUCUGUCAGUGGUGAGGUAGUUGGUUACAUCGGUAAAGGUGGUAUACCAAAACAACAUUAUCUCUAUGCCCACGAACAAAAAUACCUUAAAUCACUCACCUCCAAAAAUGACAAAACAAAAACAACUUCAACAACAACAACAGCAACAACAACCAACAACACUACAAAAAAUACAACAUCAACUAAAAAGACAACAAAAACAACUAAAAAGAAAAUGAAAGUAGUUAUUGCAGUGGAUGGAAGUGAUUGUUCAACUUUGGCAAUCACAGAGUCAUUUAAAAUGCUAAAGACAGAAAGAGACACCAUCGAUAUCAUCACGGUGAUAGACGAGCAAUCCAUACCGCAAGAGGAUUUGGUAGCACCCAUAGACAAUCUCAAGGAACUACAAGAGAUUGCAGUACAAAUACUUGAAAGAGAUCAACAACAAUGUAUAAAGAAAGGUUUUAGAAAUACUACAACGAAAAUACUGUACGGUGAUACUAGAGAAGAAAUCUUAAAAUAUAUAGAGGAGCAUAGUACACCUUUAGAUAUGAUCAUCGUUGGUUCCAGAGGAUUGGGUAUAUUCAAAAACGCGAUAUGUUAUACAACAAUUGUUCCAGACUUAUAA